UUGUAAACACACAAAAUUAAUUUUGAGUAAGCAAGACCUAAGAGCGCUAGUCACCACGCCACAGAUCAUGCUCGAGCAAUUUCGAACAUCCAUCUCUCUUUUGUUUGCGCUCUGACUGCAUUCACCUACUACACACGCUCCACAUCAAUUUUGAUUAUCAAAAAUGGCAGAGACAGACAAUGGUGUGCCACCUGAGCAAAUAGUCGAGGGCCAAGAGACAGGUUACAUUCAUGAACCCAUAUUGGAUACAGAAGAGAUGAGGAAAAUGUUUGUUGGAGGUAUAUCACCAGAGUCUAAAGAUGAGGAACUUAAGGCGUUUUUUGAAUCAAUGUGUGAUGGCAAGGUCAGUGACCAUGUUAUUAUCAGAAAAGACACAGAGAAAAAGAGUCAUUUUGGUUUCAUUACUUUUGAAACAUCACAGAUGGUUGAUGAGGUCUUGCUUAAAAGAGAAGAGUUAAAAUUUGAUAAUCGUGUGCUGGAUGUCAAUAGAGCAGUUCCAAGGAAUAACACAUCGCCAGGUGCUCAUGAAAAAACCAAAAAACUCUUUAUUGCAAACUUGCCAAAAUUUAAUUGUACUGAAGAAGAAUUAAAGAAGUAUUUCGAUGCACGCCAUGAUCCAAAGUAUGGUACAAUAGAAUCAAUACAACUGAUAAAAAAGAAAGAUGAGCAAGGCAACAAAUUAGAGGAAAACAAGGGUUAUGGGUUUAUAAUGGUGUCAAGUACAGAUAUGGCUGAUAAAAUGGCUAUUCAACAUGCUACUUUCGAUUACGGAGGAAGAAGAAUUGAAUUAAAAAAAUCUGUUCCUACAACUGAAGGUGGUGGCAGUCGUGGAGGACGGGGUGGUGGUCGUGGAGCAGGUGGGCAAAGAGGCGGCGGCCAACAAGGUGGUUAUGGGGGUUAUGGUGGUUAUGGUGGUGCUCCAGCAUAUGGGUAUGGAGAUUGGGACGGCUAUGGUUAUAACUAUGAUUACUAUGGAGGAUAUGGUGGAGGCUAUGGCCAGCCACAAGGUCAAGGGAGAGGAGGAAGAGGUGGUGCUUAUGGACGUGGCAGAUAUGCACCAUACUAGAGGUCCCAUGUGGAUGUGCUAUCUGAAGACCGACUCAGUAGAAACAUGCAGCAGAAUAUUUAUCCUCAUAAGUCCCCUUAAUUGGUUUACUUAAAACUUCAUUGCAUUUUACAAGUUUUAAGAAGGUUUUCAUUUUUAGUGACCUUUUUCUAACAAUGUGAUGAAGUAAGUACAUCACGACCAAAUCUUGCUUUUUUUGGAGAUUUGGGUUUUCAUGGAAUGUCUAUUUUUUACUUCCCUUACAUCGAUACAGAAGUGGUAAUGCAACAGACCGAUUGGUGAGUAUUAAUACCUAUUGCAAAAAAUUCUCAGUUAUUUAAACGAAGAAAGUAUAUGGAUUUCUAUUGAAGCGUUGCAAGGUUUAGCUUUUUUUCGUAAAAGUUUAUGUUUGAAAAAAUUUUCUUCAACAACAUUGUGAGAUAAUAGUAAAAAAAAUAAACAGUUAGGAUAUUUGUUUGAUUUUUCAGUUUUUAAGGAGGAAAGGAUGGGGGUUGUAGGGAGCGUUUAAAAGUGUGAGGUUUUAUUUUAAUUUUUUAUUUUCGUUUUUAUACAGGUUUUUUUUAUUGUACAAAGGUUUUCAAAUUAAGGUUACUGUAAAGGAAACAAUUUUUUUUUUUAGUUUUUUUGCAAAAAAUUCAAGACAUGCAGAAAAAAAAAUUUCUUUCCAAUGACAUAUUUAUAUUCUAUGAAAAUAUUUGGAACAUCCCUUUUUUCUAGAAAAAGCCUUUUUAGAGGUGUUAUAUCCUUCACACCUUUAAAAAAAAUAUGUGUAAAAUGAGUUGAGCAUAUUUUUUGUAAACAUUGUGCAUAAUAUGGAACUCCCAUAUAAAAAUAUGCAUCAUAAUAUUUUUUAGAUAGUUUACUUUCACUAUCGAAUUAAAAAAAAAUCAAAGUUAAGGAAUAUGCAUAUGAGCUGUCUCUUGUAAACCUAACUUUCUGUCUAUUAAUAAUUCUGAACGCAUGCACGCAUAUUCAGCAUAAAGAAAAAGUUCACACUUCCAUCAUUAAAUUUUCGCAUACAUGCCUUUACGUUUGUGAUCUCUUUUUCUGAAAGCUUCCUAUUGGCUCAUUGAAAUUUUCGGUAAUGAAAAGCUGAAUAAAUUAUGCACAAAAGGUUCCCGGAUUUUUUGUAUAAAUUACAGAUUAGCGAAUUAUGACGACAGAAAGAAAAAGAUAUGCAUUUUUUUGAAUGAUUAUAUAUAAUUACAAAUAAUUUCAUAACGACGUUAUUAGAAAAAAAAACCGGGAACCUUUUUUAAUUUAAUUUAUGCUAAAUAUAAUGGUGCGAAAACGAAAAGUCUGCGACCACGCGUUCGGAAAAAAAAGCCAUUUUAAAAAAAAAUUGGCGUGUUUAUUUCAUUAUAUUUUCUUUUUGAAAAAUUACCAUCUCACGAAAAUAACACCAUCAAAAAAGUCUUUCAUCAAGCAUUCAGAAACAAAAGAACAUAAAAUAUAAAAGUAUUGAUAAAUUAUAAGGGUUUUUCUGAGACUACUCAUCAAGUGAGUUUUUUCCUUUACAGUAACCAAUAAAAUCGUCUUCUUCUGCAUCAAGGAAAAGAAAGAUGAGGGAAGUGAAUUAGUUCCUUGGAGUUUUUUAUUAUUGGUGAAUGCUGACUCAGCAAAUUUUAUCAAAUUCCAGUCAUCAGGAAUAACUUGAACCUUUGUCAUUUAUUUUUAAUUAGGAAACUGUGUCCGGUUAAUAUUGUAUUUAAUGGAUUUCUGGUGUGCAAAAUUCCCACUAAAAACAGGUUCAAAAGAACACAUUUAGCAAAAGAAUGUUUACAUGCUUCUCUGCGUUAUACAGGAUGUUAAUCGGUGGAAUUUUUUUUACUAAAGUAAACAAAAACGCCUGUUUUCUUUGUCUUCAGAGAUUAUAAAAUGUAUGUUGGCAAAUUGAUUGGUUUUUCAUUCUGCCACUCCAAACAUCUAGCUAAUACAUAUGCUUCACAUUAUUGUGCUUAAGUGCUAUGAAAAGUAAGUGCUUGACCCUUAAAUGUUUCCAGUUAUUUCAAAUCCAUAGUUGGAGGGGUUGUGCCUUAAUAAUUUCGCAUAUAGAUUUGGAAUAGAUAUGUUUUCUAUUUUCCAUUUCGCCUAAUUUUGAGGUUGGCGGACUAUUUAUUCCCUUCAACAUCAUUGGUUGCUUUAAAAAACAUUACGUAAUCACAACUGGAAUUGACGGGAACGAAUAUUUAAUAAGAGCUAGGGAAACAAGUUCUAAUAAAGUCGGAAUACACCUUUCCCGAAUUUAUUUUCUUUGAUGUGCCGCAGCACUUUCUCGAUUUUUUUAAAGAAAAUCUAUGUAAUUUUCGAAAUCCUCGCAUCAAAAAGUGAUAAAUCGUGAAAUUUUCAUAUUCAUACAUCAACGACCUGCUACAACAGUUUUUUUUAAUUUUGUACUAAUUAACCUUUGCUUGAAAAUAAGGCUUUUUAGUACAAGUCGAAAAACAGCACUUUCCAAUGUCGGAUUAAGUUGAAAAUUUAUACAUAAACCAAUUUACUGAUGCUGAAAAUGAUGUUAAGGUCAAAACAUCAAAAUUCCAAAAUUUUAAAAAACAUGUAAUUUGGGAAACGUGUAUUGAUACAGUAUUUUUUAAAAAAAUCAAUGUUAAUUUUUUUUUUGUACUAAAGGUCACUAUUUAUUCAUUCUAUAUUCUAUAGACUCUUAUAAAGAAACAAACCAAAAUUUAUUUAUUUUUCAGUAAAGUAAUUUGUUAAUAUCCGCCAUGUUUUUUGUUUUCGAUUAAAAUUUUCCCAAAUUUCCAACCGUGAAUAUUUCGCCUGCCUUAAAAUUACGCGAAUGGGAAUCAACCUUGUGUUCGAAUAGUUGCGUAUAUAAUAGUUCGUAUAGUUCAUUGCAUGGAACAGAAUGGCGCGAAAAUUAAUCACGCGAAAUAUUGUACUUUUACUAAUUUUUGUGCAUUCGUGCGUGUCAGUAGUUCGCGGAAAUAUUCUUUUGUUCAGAAACAGAACUGAUUUUGUAAAAAAUGUGUGCAAAAGGCGAUCCAAAAAAAAUUAAAUUUCGUCGAAAUGUGGAAAUGGUUUCAGUGAUCGUGUACAUCUUUGUCUAUUUCAAGCCAAGAAAAAAUUAUAUUUUAUAAAUUUCUACCCAAUCUAAUAUACAAUGGGUCGGUUUUCAGAGCUGUUACAGCUGUUAUUGCGAUCGUAUCGAGUGUUUGAAGACUGAAGCGGUUAGAAGUGAGCGAUCAAGACUGAUGUACAGUUGUUAUAUAUUUACCCUGCUGUAGUAUAGUUUGUAUGAAACGAAUAUUUACCUAAAGAAAUUGA